AUGUUAUCUCUUCUCGCCGAACAUCGUUUUAUAUCUGCAUUAAGAACAAAUUUCUAUACAAGAAGUGUUCCUGGUAGUAAUAUUUUUGUAACUUAUCCUGCCAUCUAUCCACAACAAGUCGACCUAACUCAAUCGUCACUUAUAUCGAAUGAAACAUGUCGAUGUGAUCAUACAAGUGAUUGUGUUUAUCCUGCUGGCAUUUAUAAUCAAUCGCAAGCUAUCAUUCCGAAUCAAGUCUUUUCUCUUGAUGCACCACCUCUAUUCAUGAUACCAGGAUUUCAAAUAGGAUGUGUACCACAAAAUGCAUUGUUUCAAUCAACAUUAGAAUGCUUUUAUAAUCAAUCAUGUUUAGAUAUUGUGAUUUCGUUGACUGGUGCUCUUCGUACUGUCUCAACUCUACAUUUUUCAAACUCUUCUUCACGAUUCAGUCCAACAACAACUGUUGCUGUUCUUUUUGAUAAUCUAAUGAUUGAGUCUUGGGACAAUACUACUGAUUUCGCUACCUAUUUCCAAAUUUGUGCACCUAAAACCUGUUCAUAUUCAUAUGUACAACGUUUUUUUCUCAUUUAUGUUAUCACUAUCAUAGCUAGCGUCUUUAGUGGAAUUCGUGUAGCAUUAUAUACAGUAUCUCCAUUUUCACAACAAAUCAUUGUCAGAAAUCCAAAUCUGGAUGAAUUUGAACAUCUUUAUGACAUGAACUUAUCAACUCUAUCAUGUCCAUGUCAUAAUUCAUUGAUACCACGCUCAAAAUUCAUAUCCAUUGAAGUAAAACUUCAUCCAUUUUGUUCAAGUAGUUUUAUUCGUGAUGAUCGUUGGUUCCAAUAUUGGACAAUGACAUUUCUAAAUGGUAGCAUCGAUCCUAAUCCACCAUUUUAUUGGACAGAUUUUCGCAAAAAUGGAUUGAAAUUUUUUAAUUAUGUUAAAAUAUUAUGUGACUUUGUCAAUAUAACUUUGUCUGACAUAAUGAAUUCAUAUCAAGAAGAGUAUUUUUUCUCUUCUCAACCUAUUACUCAACUAGAAUUCGAUGGAAUAACUCAUGAUUGGAAAUAUUUAGUUGAAGCUCAGGUAGAAUACAAUGAAAAAAGAUAG